AUGCAGUUUUUAUAUGACGAACUAUACAUUGAAAUAUUUAAAUAUGUACCAACACCUAUCAACCUUUUAGUUUCAAAUCGUAAAUGGAAUAAUAUUUCUCAAGACCCUCAUGUCAGGGCCAAAUGGUUGAUUUAUAAAUAUGGUAAAGCGCAUGCUUUAUUUCACGCCGUGAGGCUGGGCAAAAAUUUCAUAACAGUAGAAAUGAUUCAGGCUUUAGUUUCGAAAAAUGCGAUACUUUCUAGAUAUUUUAUUCAACGUUUAUUAAUGCAUUUUGGAACUUAUGAUGAAAAUCUUAUUAAACUCAAGGUCGAGUAUAAUGUAAAUCAAGUCGACUUUGAUAGACUUCGUGCCCUUCAAAAGAAAACAACUUCACCUUGGGGAAGUAAUAUUUCUAUACCGAUUUUCACCAAAUUAAUUACUGAGGAAGAUCUGAUUAAACUUGGAUUUCAACUAACUUCUUACGUUAUAGAAGAAGUAUUACACUUAUUCGAACAUAGAUUAAAUGAAAUCGGUGAUCUCUUAAUGAAUUCAUUCCAAGUGAUUCAAAAUUUAUCUCAAGUAAAUCGUAAAAUAUCAAAAUCUGAUCUUGCAAGUUCUUGUCUUAUUCAUGCAAUCAAGCCAGAAAGGGAUCUCAAGAAAACCGAUUUAUUGGAAUUUUUAAAUGAUAUAAUUGAUGAACCCAAAAAUGCUAUGAAGAAGGCAUUAGAUUAUCAUAAAGUUGGAUUCAAGUUCAAUGCCAAAUCUAUUAAAACAACAAAGGAAAUUAGAUCAUUAUCGGUCAAUUCGAAUAUUUAUUACUGGAUACUUAAAUCUUAUGGUCCAAAAUCUGAAAUUACACAGAGAUGUUUUGAUGAUAUUAUUGAAUCGAGAAUUUGGGUGGACUUAAAGUUAAAAGAUGAUACUAAAAUUCCUGAGG